UUCUUGACCCCGUGGUCUCCCCGCCUCCGCUCAUACUUGCCAAAUAUCCAAUACCCAAUGCCCAUUACCCAUCCAUAAGCCCCAGCUUUUGGACCCUCUCCCCUCCCCCCUCCCCUCUUUUUCCCCGAGUCUAAUACCUAGAUGGAUCAGUCCCAAGCUCGACGACGACGACGUGAUGGAUCUUCUGGUGCACAACAGCGUUUGUGUACUCACUGUGGAAGAAACUUCAAGCGGUCUGAGCACUUGGAGCGUCAUGUCCGAACCCACACAAAGGAAAAGCCAUAUGUCUGCCAUUGUGGAUCGGCUUAUUCGCGGCGGGAUCUCUUGACCCGCCAUCAACGAAUUACCCACGAGACUUUGUCUCCCAGGUCGCCUGACGCCCCAGCAUCGGAAGACAGUCAUCAGUUGGGUGCAACCGACUCGGAUCCGCCCUCCGAGGAUGCUGCCGCCUCAUCCUCUACGGCUUCUAUUCCGGACUUGACUAUGAAUCAUGAUAUUCAGCAACAAACCCAGUAUUCUACUGGAGGCCAUGAUUUUAGUAUUCAUAACCAUGCUGUCAGCCAACAGCCCUAUAAUCAGCUGAUUACAGGCCAAGGCUUCUACGACGGCCAAAACUAUUCGGGGUUUGAACACCCCUUCCAGGAGCUACACAAUUUCUCAGAUGGUCCUGGCUUGCCCCCGGAAUGGAGUCCUUAUUAUCAUGACCCGAACCUAGAACAAGAUUUAGUAGAUCCUGCCCUACGAGGCUCGAUGAUUGACGUAUCGUCACCACUUUCUAACGAAAAUUUCCCCUCACAUACCUAUAACCCUUGGGUUUCAUCAGCCGCACAGAAAUGGGGCAAUUAGGGGAGUCCUGCAACAGCUGGUCGACUCCUUCUUAAACAUGGGCCACCUUUUGUUUCGGUGGCCGUGGAUCCAUCCAGCUCCAGCAUCCCGCCUUGUCGAGGAUUCAGCGAUGUUUUAUCCUUUAGGACUUUCCAGAAUGGAUAGGAUGUCGCUGACACCAAUUUUCAAUUCCGACGGCUGCCGUACUGUGACAAGACAUGAAAAUCUACCCAAACCUACUAGAGAUGGGUAUGGAAUUGGUGAUGGUAGUGGCUUUUGUCAUAGCGGUAGCCAGGCCAGGUCUGGCAAUUAUAGUAUUUACGAUGAAAGCAGACUAAUUAUUCUCCGUCACCACUCACUAACCCAUUGCCAUAUGGGUAGACGCCCAAUUAGGACCCAAUCUGCUUUUUCUCAUUCACAUUUCACAACCACAUCCUAUCCACAUGCCACGAUAUGACCCAAAGGAGUCAUCCUAAUGCCAUCACGAUUAUGUCACACUUUACUACUCAAGUUAACGAGUAGUUGGACGUUCCCCGUCUUCCAGGAACGGGCCUUAU